AUGGAGGCCGCGCUCUUCAUCUUCUCUCUCAUAGACUGCUGCGCCCUCAUCUUCCUCUCCGUCUACUUCAUUAUUACUCUGUCAGACUUGGAAUGUGACUACAUAAAUGCUCGCUCCUGCUGCUCCAAGUUAAAUAAGUGGAUAGUGCCAGAGCUGAUCGCUCAUACACUGGUGACUGUGUUGAUGUUGGUGUCAUUGCACUGGUUCAUCUUCUGUUUAAAUCUUCCUGUAGCGACAUGGAAUAUAUACCGAUUUAUCAUGGUACCAAGUGGAAAUUUGGGAGUGUUUGAUCCAACAGAGAUCCACAAUCGAGGACAGUUAAAGUCUCACAUGAAGGAGGCUAUGAUCAAGUUAGGAUUCCAUCUACUGUGUUUCUUCAUUUACUUAUACAGUAUGAUUUUUGCCCUGUUAAACAACUGA